AGCCUACCUAUCUAACAGUGGGCUUAGGCGUCGUUACACAGUCUCUAACAGGGGACGGUGUCCCCAACAGGGGACAUUUUGGAGGUCCCCUGAUGGUCAUGCCUUAAAUCAAGCUAAAAUCAUGUCCAAAACCCUGCGUGUAUGUGUGUGUGUGUGUCCUACAGCAAACCACCACAGGAAGCCGUCGGUGCUGAUGGUGGACGAGCUGCUGUCGGCGUACCCCCACCAGCUGUCCUUCUCCGAGGCCGGCAUGAGGAUCAUGAUCACCAGUCACUUCUCCCCGAGAACCCGCCUCACCAUGGCCUCGCGGAUGCUCAUCACUGAGAGACAGCGACUAAUCAACACACGCACUCUGACCAACGGCGACUCCGACGUUCCAGUCAAAGGAGGAAGUAGGCGGGGUGUAGAAAACGGGCUGUCCGGGGCUGAGAGGGGCGGAGGCGUUCGCCGUGAUGACCGGGAGGCGGGCAACGAGACGGAGAACGAAGACAACGAGAACAACGAGAAUGACGAGGAAGAAGAAGAGGAGGAUAGAGGGGGACCCUUAUUGCCCUUCCAGUGCCCAGCCGGUGUGUGUAACAAGCUGAAGUGGCUGCUGGCCUGGCCUCUGUGCCUGCUGCUGUACUUCACCGUCCCCAACAGCUCCACGUCUCGCUGGGACAACUACUUCAUGCUGUCCUUCGCCUGCUCCACCCUGUGGAUCGCCGCCUUCUCCUACGUCAUGGUCUGGAUGGUAACAGUGAUAGGCUUCACACUCGGCAUCCCAGAUGUCAUCAUGGGAAUUACCUUCCUGGCGGCCGGCACCAGCGUCCCUGAUUGCAUGGCCAGCCUAAUAGUGGCACGACAAGGAAUGGGAGACAUGGCCGUGUCCAACUCCAUUGGCAGCAACGUGUUUGACAUCUUAGUGGGGCUUGGCCUCCCCUGGGCCCUGAAGACCCUGGCGAUCAGCUACGGCUCCGAUGUGAGUAUCGCACUCCUCGAUGCGCUUCACACCCCUCUCUUCUCAGGGUCAAACCUCAAAGUCACAAACACAUUACUGAAAUCUUAUACAGCAGUGGUGGUGGGGGGGCAGUGGAACUACAGGGGGGGUGCGGCUUCACGGUACACACCGGGAA